CCGAGCAGCUCGGACGAGCAAGAGCGUCCUUCGGAUGGAGAGCAGUCGUCUGAUCACGAAUGUAUCAGUGACAUUGAAUUGGACUCGACGAUCUCGUUGGAACAAUCCUUGGAGGCGGAGCCAGAUGAGGAGGAUGUCAUCCAAGAGUCGGAUAACAACCAGUCUGACUGGGCCGGUAUUCAAUUCAGUUCUGCGUGUCACGAUGACAAUGCAGGCCUACUCGAUGCAGGAGAAGAAGACCAUGCGAUAUUCGUUCGUGACAGACAACUUCUUCCCUCCCGUCCCCCGACACCACUGACGCCGAUAUUGGAGCCGGCGAAUUUGCGCAAAUAUCUACAGUCACGCAAUCGCGACAAGUUGCAGGCGCUGCUUCACAAUAUCCAAGAUCGGCUCGACUCGAUGGACAACGUUCGCUCGUUGGAUUUUGUCACGGAUGUCCGAGGUGUUCAGCUGUCGGAGCACGCGCAGGAAGUGCAGUGGUUGACGGGGCACCGCACACUACUUCCUACACUAUUUUCUCGACCUGGUGACCCCCAGUCCGCCGUCGUCAACGAAGACGACAUCCAACUUGUGAAGUUCCUCGCUUCGCGACCGGCUGCGCACGAGCAUUCGCCCAAUUUUUCUUUCAUCAAUUCAACCAGCCAAGAUGUUGCUGGCCAAAUCCAUACUGGUCUACGCGAAGGGAAGGCGUGCCUCAUUCGCAACAUGAUCCGGCCGCCCAAGGACUUUGAGUUCACGACAGAACAUUUGUGGAACGAAUAUGCGUUGCCGGCGGACAUGCCAGUAGACAUUCACAAUGUUCGCAAACGCUGUGCCAGCUGGGCUGAACCCUAUGAACAUGGAUUACUGCAUGAUAUCGUCGACAGUGCUGACGAUACACAAGACAUCAAGUUUGUGCUGGCGUGCAACUUGAGCACACGCUCGUUGCUGCAAGGACUCGAGAACCUUGAUGAUGGCUUGGCGCAGGGUUGGGGCACGACGGCAGCUGCAUACCCCACCGCGGGACAGUGGGUCCAUCCAGACAAUUGGUUGAACCGCGGUUGGGUGCUGCUUCAUCAGGCUGGGGUGGUCACCUACGCCCACCAAGAUUCGGACGGAAACUGCACCUGGAUCAUUCCGCAUAGCGGCGUCAAGUUCUGGUGCUAUUUCAAUCUCAACGAUGAGCACCGCAACCUCGAUCGCGCAACGCAGAAGAUGUUGAUGUCGCAUCUUUGUUGUCUCAUGAAUUUUGAUCCAGAGCUGACAGAAUCGCAGCUGCCAGACACUGACCUGGCCAAGUCCCAUCCUGAUCUCGCGAAAAAGACGAUUGCUGAAAUCUUCGAUGUCGAGGUCGUUGUGCUAUACCCGGGUGAUGCACUCUUCCAACCGCCAGGCAAGAUGCACGCUGUCUAUACUCCCGUCAAAUCUGUCGCCCAGGGCGGGCAUUUCUUUUUGUACGACACCCUCCACCGGACGGAGCUUGCGCGAUCGGUCGAUAACAAGUACGGCAACCAUACGACGAACCAGAACCAUUACAAUGCGAUGGAGACACUCAAUCACAUGGUUCUCACGCUGCCAUAUUUGCCAGCAGAUUUUGUCUUAUAUGAACGACCUCUUCUCGCCCUAAUGGUGAUGAUGCAUGAUGCGGACCGCAUGGAGGUGCAAGCCCUCGCUAAGGGACCAUUGUCAACUCAUGCGAACCUGACGGGUCACAGCUACGAGAUUUGCAAGAAGCUCGCUCGUGGUAUGGGCUACCCGAAUCUCGCAGCUGUCGCGAAGGAG